UGUCGACAUAAUCGAUUCAAAACAUCAUUGUGAUUCCUAGAUAUAACCCACCAGUUGUAGAGCUUGCUCUGCCUUCAAAGCUCAAACUCCAUUGUUGUUUAAUUAAAGUGAAAGAUGAGUUAUAUCCCGGCACCUGUACCAUCUCCAGCUCCAGCCCCUUUGCUUAAUCUUCCUUCUGGUUUAGGUUUUGAUGAAUCUACCCCACCAUGGAUGAGCAAGGCAGAUAAUGCAUGGCAACUAACAGCAGCAACACUUGUUGGUUUACAAAGCAUUCCAGGGCUUGUUAUUCUAUAUGGUGGAGGUGUGAAGAAGAAAUGGGCUGUGAACUCUGCUUUCAUGGUGAUUUAUGCCUUCGCUUGUGUGCUUUUCUGUUGGGUUUCUUGGGGUUACAGGAUGUCUUUUGGAGAAGAGCUUGUGCCUUUCUGGGGGAAGGCCAAUAUUGCACUUGAACAAAAAUUCCUCCUUGGUCCAGCGUUCAUUGGCAAGUUUCCCAGUGCAACUAUGGUGUUUUUCCAAUCUGUUUUUGCAUCGAUUACGUUGAUUCUGAUUGCUGGUGCCUUGCUGGGGCGGAUGAAUUUUUAUGCCUGGAUGAUGUUUGUUCCGCUGUGGCUAACCUUUUCAUACACUUUCGUAGCGUUUAGCAUUUGGUGUCCUGAAGGUUUUCUUUUCAAAAAAGGGUUAAUAGAUUAUUCUGGUGGCUUUGUGAUUCAUCUAUCGGCUGGAGUUGCAGGUUUCACAGCAGCCUACUGGGUUGGUCCUCGCCUAACCAAGGACAGAGAGAGAUUCCCUCCAAACAACAUCAUUCUUAUGUUAGCUGGUGCAGGAUUUCUAUGGAUGGGGUGGACAGGAUUUAAUGGAGGAGACCCUUAUGCAGCAAGCACUGAUGCUUCUUUGGCAGUCUUGAAUACCCAUUUGUGUACAGCCACAAGCUUGCUUACUUGGCUUGCACUUGACAUCUUAUAUUUAGGCAAAGCUUCCGUUAUUGGUGCUGUUCAAGGCAUGAUCACUGGUUUAGUCUGCAUCACUCCUGCAGCUGGGGUUGUGCAAGGAUGGGCAGCAGUAAUUAUGGGGCUGUGUUCAGGUUCAAUUCCUUGGUUUACAAUGAUGGUUGUACACAAGAAGUCCAAGCUCCUCCAAAAGGUUGACGAUACAAUGGCUGUUUUUCACACGCAUGCCAUUGCAGGAAGCCUCGGUGGAAUUCUCACAGGCCUAUUCGCUGAACCCCAUCUAUGCAAUUUGUUCGCUGGGUCAUAUGGCCAGUUUGUUGGCUUAUUUUAUGGUUUUCAAAUGCGACAAGUCGGUACAGGGUUACGACAAGUAGGAAUUCAGCUUCUGGGAAUUCUGUAUGUUAUGACCAUAAAUGUUAUUGUCACAAGCUUAAUAUGUGUCGUAAUUCAACUUGUUGUGCCUCUGAGAAUGUCUGAUGAGGAUAUGGAGAUUGGCGAUGAAGCUGCUCAUGGGGAAGAAGCUUAUGCUAUUUGGGGGGAUGGUUACAGGCACGAGAGCUACUUGGGGGAUGAAUUGCCAGCGACGAAAAGAAAGGCAGCAACUGGCCAAGUUGAGAUGACAUGAGAUGAGAUCUAUGUUUCUGUCUCUGUUUUUAACAAGAUGAAAUGUUUGCCUGGAAAUUGUUGUCUCUUGUUCGAAUCAUUUUAGAUUUGUUUAUUUUCUAUGUUUUUUUUGUUUUUGUUUUUUCUCCAAGGAAA